CGCGAUCGUCGGACCAAUCAGUUGUUCAUUGUUCGCGAACAUGGAUUAAGUCUCGCCUAACGUGCACCGCAGCGAUCUCGAAUUAUCGAUACCAUCCGUAGAUUUCGCGAUGGUCUAUUUUUCUUAAUGGUGCGCGAGAGAACUGGCGUCGCUCACGCCACCCCGUGAUUCGAACUUCCCGCUCCGAGCGCUCGACGAUUUCGAGCUUUGGUUUUUCGAAGCGUCGAUACGUCGCGGCUCGCGAAAAUGUGAUCGACAGCAUUGUUCGUCGCGCGACGGAUUUUUCGUGGCCGGUUAAGUGCGUCAUUUCUCGCCACGAUGACGGUGAAUCUAUCGGUGGUGACGAUGGUGUUGAUGCUGGUGACCACCGUGAUCGUAUUGGUGUACGGGAAGGAUGUGACGACACUGGAGUACGACGACCUUCUUCCGGCGAACGAGACCAACGUCCGGCAUCGCGUCGAUACAGAAUCCCCGGUCGGCGAUCAUCGUCAGGGUCGUAUGUCCCUUCAGACCGAGCUGCCAUCCUCGAAAGCGAAGAGGGAGCAAGCUCUUCGCAGCAUCCUCGCCGCGAGAAGGCGACAGAUCUUGAGCCAACGGCCAAUCGAAUCUCGGAAUCUGAACCGCACACCGAGACCGCUCGAGGUCUCCAAGGAUUCGCCGGAUGUGCUGGAGGCUCAAGAGACCAGGCACGGAAUGUACGUAACAGCGACCGCUGGCAGCAAGCCCGAGCCCGAGCCCGCGAACGUGGAGGAAUCAACAGGUAGGAUUAUCGUGGCGGACUUAGCGAGCGGAGACAUCGAGCUCGUCUCCAAGGAGCUAGAAGGCGAGCAGGUGGUCGAGCAUAGCACGAGAAAACUGAGCAACGAGAGCAUCGCGGCGUCAAGCGUCGAGGGUAAACCGGCCUCCGGUAACUCGAGAAGCAAUUACUCGAUCGCCCAUAGAAAUUCUUCCUCGCCUCCGUCCUCCCCGACGUCUCCAUCGCCACUCCUAAGCACUCAGAAAGCUCAAGACUCGGAUACCCGCAAAAAGAAUAUCGUCUCGAUGCCCGAGUCCCUCUACAAUUACUUCAGGCCCGUGGAGAGCAACAUCCCCGUGGAGGACAUGUCUCAGUUUCUCUACUUUGGCCAGAAGAUUCAACCGGAUGCUCACAACGUCACUGGAACUCUGGACGCGACCCCAACCGCGGUAACGGCCUCCAGCUCGAGAAGGAGGUACUCCAUGAAGCGAUUCGGCACGACGACACCCGUGCCCAAGUUGGAGGAGAUCAUAAACGAGGAGAUGAACAUCGCCGUGGAGCGUCGGAUCGUCGAGAAGAACAAGGUCUCCAAGAUCAAGAACGCGUUCAGGAGCCCGGAAAACGGGGUUUAUUACCGGAAGACAGGACCCACGGAUCUCACGAUUGCUUCCAACGUUAUCACGGCGAAGGAGGCCGUCGAUAACGCCACGGAGACGAAGGCGAAAAUUGAUUCGGUCGACGAUAAGCCUCGAGACGAUAACCUGUCCGCUCACGCCGUUGACCAGCUGCGUCGCGAGAGAGGAAAUGCUCCAGCCCACGUGCCCGCAGAAACGAGGAAUGCGACCAACUCGACCCAGAUACCGCAACGACAGCCAGUUUCCGCGAAAGCGUACAAGGAGCCCGCGGAAAGUGAAACCAAGGAUCGCGCGGACGGUUUUGGCGACGAGUUGAAGAGCCACGCGAAGAAGAAGAAGACCGACAACUCUUCUCUAAUCUCGAACGAGAGGGACGACAGUGCCUCCACUUUAUCGGACGUAGAGAUGUACGGAGACCACACCGAACAGAGGAUCAGAAGAAUCGACAUCUACGCAACGAACGACAACGUAGACCUCUCCAGAAACUUCGACUCCGUGCAGGCCGACCAGCCCACGCUCAGCACUCGCGAGAGCAACAACAUAGAGACCUCGACUUCCAGGGAAAAAAUCUCGCAUCCCACCAUGGACCCAUCCCUCCCCGUCGAUUGGACCUCACCAGAGACAUCCACCCUGAGGAUAAUCGUCGUGGAGGACAACCAGGAGCAGGGUUUCUCUGCGACCGAUGUCGCAGAGAAGUAUACCGUUAAACCGGUCGAUUCGACGGAAGAACGAGCUCGCGGCGUCGUUUCCGGUGAUGUUCCCACUCCGAAAGCCCUCCUAGCCACGACAACCGCGACCAUGGAGGCGAGCACGCGGUUCAAGGGUCGUCAUCGGGACCAAAAGCAUCGUCCUGUGGACAAGGGAGGCGGGAAUCGGGAGCAGCAUCAACAUCAGGAACAACAGCAGCAGCACGUGUACGCGUACACGAUAACGAACGUGACGCGGCUGUUGCGCAACUACACCGGACCUGGGUUAAGCAGAGAGGAACAAGGAGGUCCCGAGCGGGGCACCGGUACGACCGAGAUAACGACCGGAUCGGCGCAGCCACGGCGUCAGCCACCGCCGCCGUCUCUUCUUCUGCUUCCUCGUGCCGGUAGUGGUAUAGAGGCAGCCCGAGCGCCGGCGGAACUCAGUGCCGGCACGACCGUCGAAGCAGUCGCAGCUGGUGGAACGUCCACUGGUGACCUGGUGGGGGAACGGCAGAGGAAAGUCGUCACAGUCGUGCCACAACCGGGGGAACGCGCGGUCAACAGUGCCUCCGCGCCUCAGCUGACCGUAAACAAGAGCGCUCCGAAGUCGAGCAAGUCGCCGGAAGUCGGUAGUCGAGGAGCGGUUCGAUGGAACCACACUAGGUCGAGGAACACGGAUCUAGAGGGAAUAGGCGAUAGAAGGUUCCUCAGGAAGUCGGCCAGCGCGGUGCUCAAUCAACGAAUCGGGGCCAGUGGAGACGAAGACGUUGCUCUAGUGGGUAAGAGGCGAAGGCUGACAAAUGGCCAGACCGCAUCCUCCAGCAGGAGGGUCAAAGGAGGCAAAGUCCUAGACAGUGUUCAUCGAACUAUGAAUGGGUCAGUUUUGAUCGGUGAGAAGAAUAGGAAGGAUGCAGGGGAAGGACGAGCUUUUCGCGAAGACGUGAACAGGAGCAACGCGACGACUGAAAGCGUCACCAUGGAGCAGAGGACGUCGUCUGUCACGGAGGUGGACUCGACUACCACUCCGAUGGUCGUUAAUACCACGGAGGAAGACGCGAGUAAUCUGACAGAGCCAGUGACUUUAAGUGAUACCAAAGACAAAAACGACGCGACGCGGGGCGAGAACGAAAGUGGCCGCGCAGAGAACAGCACAGUGAACGGAAGCGGUUCGUCGACCGUGACAGUGACCGCGACGUUGGACGAAACGGUCGAGCCCAAAGAAACGACGACGACCGCGACACCAAUCCCGGCGCCAGUUUUUCCAGUUACGCCCAGAAUAAUCGCGGAAACGGUACGAGUUGAAAAGGAGACUUUCACCGUGAGCCCGACGGAGUCCGCGGGCCAGGUGACCGAGACCAGAAUCACCGAGCCUAACAAACCUUACGGAAUGGCGAACCUGGAUCCCUCGGAGAUCCAGAAGAUGUAUAGGUCCAAGAACGCGACCACCGUCGCGUCUACAACCAUGGAAGCUCCCACUACGUCGAUGCCCACGGUGCAGAUCGAGAUCUCGACGAUACCGCAGGACCAGGUCGUGACUUCCGACUCGACGAGCGAGAAAUCGGUCCCGACCGGCUCCACGGUUUCGGAGUCACGCAGGAGAUUGUCAGGCGAGAGGCCCCCGGAAGUCAGGGGUCGUAACCUGUCCGACGAAUCCAAGGACAAGGACGACGUCCUGCCCAUCAUGCAGCUGUACAACACCUCGGACAUAUUCAACGGCACCGGUCCCGCGAACUCCUUUUCCCGUGGCACGGAACGACGAGUGGAGCUUCCGGUGUACCCGAAGCAGCCAGAUGUUUCGAGAACGGCCGAGAAAGUCAACGACACGGUUACUCAGAAAAGUACGUCGAACGAUGCAUCGAAUGCUGCCCGCGUCCCCGUUUCCGAGCCAACGAGGAAGGACAAGCACGACGAUAAUCGCGAGACGUCCGCCCAUGUCCCGCCGACGGGUCCUGGCAGAGGGACGACGAACGGGAACAGGACCAGACACAGGCCUCUCUAUCAUCACGCGAUCCUCCCUGAAUACAACAUCUCUGUGUACCCCGACGAACUGAACAGGACGUUCUUCGACACCGGUAUGAUAUCGGUCAGUCCCAGAGAGUCGGUGAAUGUCAGUGAAGUGAUAUCGAAGAGACACGACGGCGACGCCAUCGCGUCCCAGGAGACCGUCGCCGUGGUCAGCUACAUCCUGGCGACGCUUGUAGUCUUCCCCAUCGCCGUCGGCGUUGGCCUCAUUCUUAGAAGACUGAUACUUAGGAAUCGUAAGGUGCUCGAGGAGUCGGAUACAUCGUCGGAGAUAAGUUGCCGCAAAGACGCUCUGAACCUUGAGAACGGGGACUUCAAAACGUCCAUUGAGAAGGCGAUCACGAAAUUACCAAGGAUACAACACUUGUGUCACGAAGCAGAGAAGCCUCCGCCCCCGCCAACGCAAGAAUCUAGAUGGGAGUUUCCUAGAGAUAAGCUUAGGUUACAGACGGUCCUCGGCCAAGGAAACUUUGGUCAGGUCUGGAAGGCUGAAGCUGACGAUUUGACUGGUCAUCAAGGAACUACUCGUUUAGUGGCUGUCAAAACUGUCAAGGAAGGUGCUUCCGAUCGAGAGAAGGAGGAUCUGGUUCGAGAACUGGAGAUCAUGCAGCAACUCGGUAGUCAUCCCAAUGUUGUCACUCUUCUUGGUUGUUGCACCGAACAAGAACCUCAUUAUCUCAUAUUGGAGUACGUGAUGUACGGGAAACUGCUGGCGUAUUUGCGUGAUCAUCGUACAAGGCAGGAUUUCUACAACUUCAGCGAGGACUCGGCUGCCCUUACGUCCAGGGACCUCACAGUUUUCGGUUACUGCGUGGCGAGAGGAAUGGAGUAUCUGGCGUCCAAGAAGAUCAUCCACCGUGAUCUCGCCGCGAGGAACGUGUUGGUGGACCACAACAAGCUGUGCAAGAUCGCGGACUUCGGCAUGUCGAGAUUCGCCAACGAGGACGGCGAGGUGAUCGAGACCAGACACGGGAGGAACGCCCUGCCCAUCAGGUGGAUGGCACCGGAGUCCUUAAUUUACUCGCUCUUCACCACCAAGACCGACGUAUGGAGCUUCGGGAUCUUGAUGUGGGAGAUCGUCACCCUGGGUUCGACACCGUACCCGGACAUGACGGCGCGGGAAGUGAUGCGAAACGUGCAGAACGGUUAUCGGCUGGAGAGGCCUUCGCAUUGUCGAAGCGAGCUCUUCAGGGUGAUAUCACGAUGCUGGCAGGCUGAUCCAGACCGCAGACCAGAAUUCCAGACGCUCAGAAGGGAUCUGGCCCAGUUGCUCGAGGACAACAUGAACGGACAUUACGUCGAUCUAGAGAGCUUCGCCUCGGAGUGCACCGACUGAGAAUUUCGAUCAGAGAUCCAUCUGUAAUCGUCUCGUCGACCCUUGCACCAGGAAGACAGAGGUCCUCGAGCCAUCGAUCAGCAAUCGUUGAACAGGGGAUGAAACUAUUUUCUCAGAGCUCAAGCGCCUGGAAUAAAGUUAGUGCUGAGGAUAGAGGUUGCUCUUCAAGAAUGGGUUACCUUUUCGAUUUCAGUCGACUCUCCGCAAACUGGGAAGUGAAUAUUCCUGGAGCUAAAGACUAGUGUAUGUGGAUGUCAUGGUCUGUAUGCGACGGUGUUUUUAUUUUUAUGGAGGGGUGAAUGAUGAUGAAUGGAUGGAAUGGAAGAAUGAGGAACGAUUAAUCCAAGAAAAUGUAAAACUUCCUGUAAUACUUUUCGGAGCUUCUAAUGACUGGAACGUGACAAUUAUGGAUUUUUGGUCCAUUUGGGAAAAUCUAUGUGAGGGAAAGCGAAAAAAUAUUUUCAAUGACUGUAAUAUGUUUAUUUUUUUAAGGAAAUAAACUGUUUGAAAUCUUUAGUGAGCAUUGAGAAGAAUGUGAAGAAGAAUCUUCGUUGUGUCCAUGAAUUGUCAUUUUGCACUCUAUGAAGAUGAGCUUUGAAGCUAACAAAAUUUAUUUUGUAUAAAUGUUGAAUAUGCAUGGAGACUAUACAUUUCCUCCAUGGAAAGUGAGAAUUAAAUCUGAAUCCGUCCAUAAUCUUUUAUUCGUCAAAAGCACAAUGCUAUUGCAAAGUUUUGUGCUAGUUGCACGCCAUUAUGGCGAACGAAAGUCAAUAAAAAAAAAAAAAAUAAUAAUCAUUGCUACAAAACAUACAAGCUGUUGACUUAUUUCGCAGAGAUUUCUGAGCAACUUUGACAAUAACAUAGCACUCUCUGUUUGGAUCCUCUUGAAAAUAUUUUUGCAAACCAAUCUCUUCGAGCAGGUGCUUAACAGGAUUCACAAAAGUGCUAAUAUUUAACGUUGUGUGUGGCUCGGAGUUAUCGAGUGUGCGAGUUUUUCAUUAAGUGACAUUGUCUUUUGUGAAACGAGAAAAGAACGUCAGCAAUGCAAACAAGGGGAUAUCUGCAGUCUAUAGUUAAGGACGACAAGCAUUUUUCACUGUCUUCAUUGAAAGAAAAAAAAUGUCAAAAUGUUUAAGUAUUUGGUUUAGUAUUAUUAAGUACCUAGCGUUCCCAAUUAAAGCGCCAGUCAUCAAACGUUUGUUCGCGUCGGUGUUUUCUUACUCGACGCAGACGUUUGUUACAUUGAUACGACGAAUUUUUGAACGGUACCUAUUAAAAACGUUAUUUUUAAUAAUAUUUACUAUCGAUAAAGAUAAAAAUAAUUAAAAAGAAUAUAAUGUUCGUAUAGAUUGAGUAAAAAAAUUGUGAUAACUUUUGCAUUGAACGAAUUCAUAAAAUUAAAUAUAAGAAAAAAGAUCAUUUAUUUAUUUAACAAUAUUAUUAUCUUUUAAAUUAUCUCUGAACAGGAGUCUGCGUUUCGAUGGAAAUUCCGUGCUCACAAGAAGAAACUCCGACGCGCGAACGAUCGAUCACGGAACUCACGAAAAUCAUCACGUUCGACAGCGACGAAUCCUCGUUUCGGAGUGUUGUACAUAAAAUCGCAUUUUCAAAACGCGUCGUUUCAAUAAAAACGACAAAAAAAGAAAGACCCCCCCCCCUUCUCCAACAUCGCCCUAUCAUCGUAAUUAUAUCGAAAAUAAUAAUUAUUAUUAUAUUAUUAUAUGAUUAAUACUUGUAUUAUCACUGAUUAAUCGUUAUUAAGCACAUAAGUUUGUAAGAUUUUUCAAUCGUCGAUUUAUUCUUAAUCAUUCUAGUCUCUCUCGAUGCGUACGGGGUGUCGAUUGGUCUUUAUUUUAUUACACAUCACCGCGAAAUCCGCGUGUAAAUUUAUUCUGGAUUGUGAUAUCGUAUUUUUACACCGUGAAAGCUCCCCAGAGCCGAUUCAAGCCCCCACCAUUGUUUAUCGUAUUAAGUUUGUAACUUUGCAAAGUCGAUUUCUCUUCGUGACAUUUCCCCUCGCUUCAGCAUUAUCGAAGAGAAGCGACGACGUCGAUUAUCCCGUGUUAUUUCGAUGUUACUCUGCGUACUUUGCGAUUCGUGCGUGCAUACAUAUACACUUCCCCCCUCUCCACCAUUUCCACACAAAAAAAAAUACAAGAAUUAUUGUAUGUAAACUCAACUACUGUAAGAGGUUUUCUUUAUGUCAGUAAACGUUGUCGUAAAUCUCA